UACAACGCCAAUAUUGGAGUCAUCUCCAACUUUCUUUUUUUCGUUUAAAUCUGCUUUUAGUUGCCUGAUGAUGUGAAUAUUGUUAAGUAAGAUCGAAGUCAGUGAUUGUUGCUUCCCGUUUACUUAUUUACAAUGGGUGAUAGCAGUGAUUCCGAAGAGUUCUACGAUGCCGAAGAACUCACACCCAUUAAAGGUUCUAAGAGAUCAUCAUUAUGCAGAAACACAAGCCUAACAGACAGUUCCAAGGAUAAAGAGAAGGAGAAACCGGCUGUAAAGACUGAAUCUACACUUGUGGAGGCACCAAGUAUAGCUCCGAGCGUGUCCACUGCCGAGGGUGCCCCGGCAGAUGAUGACCGGAAUACUGUCAAAAGUGUGGUGCAAGGGCGACGCCGGUUCCAAGAGCUUCGGCGCUGCAUGCAAACAGACGAGGAUGACGAGACAGUAGAUGCGGCUGCUGACCACCACUCUUUCACAGAUGUGACGCAGCCGUUCAAGGUGAUAGCGCACGACACAAUGAGCCUUCAGAGCAUGACAUCCCUGGGUCGCAUUGGAAGGAUCCUCAGUGGCGCGUCGGAUUCACAUUCUAACAUUCGUGAAGUGGCCCAGGCGUCUGCACCGCCGCGAGAAACUAACACGCCCGACGAACCCAUACCGGUGGACAGAACGCAAAAUGUGCUAGCGAUGGAGCCGGACGUGAUAGCCAGCACGAAGGCAAACAGCGUGAAGCAAGCGGGCAGCGUCGUCACCGCGCCCGCCGGCCCGCUACCGCCGCCGCGACGCAAGAAGCCGCGUAAACUGCACGGCUCUCAGUCACUAUCGACGGCCGACGGCGACAACCUCAGCAUCUGCACCAACGACACGGAUGACUACCGCUAUGAAAGGAGGAACAAGCUCGAUUCCUUGUCAGUCGAUCCUCCAUUACCUAAUUCUGUAAGCCAGUGCAUGGCGCUGCCCAGCCCCGCCAGCACCAUCGAGUCCCUCACAAGGGAAUUCCAGGAUUCACUAGAACUCUCCACUUCCAAAUAUGCGCACGACAAGUCAUCAAUGAGUCAUGAAUCGCGCACGUCAUCUCGCAGCAGUACAGGCACCUCUAUGAAACAGAGGCCUCCCGAAUCCACACUCGACAUUAAGGAGGCCGUCAGAGGUGAUUACGUUGUGCGUCCGGCGGACGACGAACAGCGCUGCGGGUCGCGUACACACAGCGAGGGACGCUCGCAGCUCUCCACUGGGCAUAGUAGCUUGGGCGGGAACACCAGACGGAGCAACUCAGAGUCGCUGGGCGGCGGCCGACGCCGCUCCGCGGGCGACGAGCAGCUCGGGCUGGCGCUGCGCACGCACUCCACCUCCGGACAACGUUUAACGGACAUGCAGAUACUCGAGCAGGUCACCGUGCUCAACCUGGACACCGGAGAAAGGGUGCCUCUUAGCGUAGCGGAGCACAAAAUACCUCAAUGCAUCAAUCCACUGAGUCUGCACAUCAUGAGACUCACGUCGGAGUACAUAGGGCGAGCCAAUGACGACGAAAAUGUCAGGGAAACGGACGAGGAGAGCGAGAGCGUGUGCACGGGCGGCGCCGACGAGGACGGCAAGGAGGCCAAGCAGGCCGCCGACAACAAGAACACUAUUCGGAAGAAGACUGAGAAGGCAGCCCCAACUCCAUUAGUGAAAAGUCACUCGCAAGACAGUAUAAACAUGAAAAUAGUUCCCGAAGUGAACCAAAACAGACUAAAACGCUUCCUAGGCAGCACUGUGAAAAAGACAGUAGACGCAGCGAAAUCGCUGGCGCAAGAAGUGUCGCAUGCACGACACAAGGAGGACGUGGCCGACAUAGCGGACGACGUGCGGGGCGAGCACAACAUCAAGCUGAAGGCCUCCAACUCGCACAAGGGGCCAUACGACUUCGACGGCUGCGUGCGCCACGUGCAGGAGAUGGGCAGCGGGCACUCGGGCGCCGUGUGGUGCUGCAAGUUCAGCGUGUGCGGCCGCCUGCUCGCCACGGCCGGCCAGGACCGCCUGCUGCGGGUGUGGGUCGCCAGGGACGCCUACGCCGUCUUCCAGGACAUGCGCACAAAAUACAACGCAGAGCAGAAAUCCUCCCCGACCCCCUCACAAGAGUCCCUCGCGUCGCUCACCGCCCCACCACCGAGUCCUGAAGACGCACCCUUAGGCCCCUCCGCCCCAUUCCACCCGAAACCUUUCUGCACCUAUUCGGGCCAUACAUCAGACUUAUUAGACGUAUCCUGGUCUAAGAACUACUUCAUACUGUCAAGCUCAAUGGACAAAACUGUUCGGCUGUGGCACAUCUCGCGCGGGGAGUGCCUGUGCUGCUUCCAGCACAUCGACUUUGUGACCGCCAUCGUGUUUCACCCGCGCGACGACAGAUACUUCUUGUCGGGAAGUCUAGACGGGAAGCUGAGGCUAUGGAACAUUCCUGAUAAGAAGGUCGCCGUUUGGAACGAGGUCGACGGCAAAACAAAACUAAUAACUGCCGCAAACUUCUGUCAAAACGGCAAGUUUGCCGUCGUCGGCACCUACGACGGCCGCUGCAUCUUCUACACCACCGACCAGCUCAAGUACCACACGCAGAUCGACGUGCGCUCCACCCGAGGCAAGAACUCCACCGGGAGGAAGAUCAGCGGCAUAGAACCCAUGCCUAACGACGACAAAAUCCUAGUGACCUCAAACGACAGCAGAAUAAGACUGUACGAUCUCAGAGACUUGAACCUCUCCUGCAAAUACAAGGGCUACGUGAACGUUUCCAGUCAAAUCAAAGCCUCGUUCUCGCACGACGGCAAAUACAUAGUCAGCGGGUCAGAGAAUCAGUGCAUUUAUAUUUGGAAGACGUAUCACGACUACUCUAAGUUCACGUCGGUGAGGCGGGACAGGAACGACUUCUGGGAGGGGAUCAAGGCGCACAACGCGGUGGUGACCUGUGCGGUGUUCGCGCCCAACCCGGACCACAUGAUCCGCAUGAUUGCGGAGCGGGAGGAGGAGGAGAAGGCCAGCAAAGGAAUCGACGAUAAGGAGGAGCCGAAGGGCACGGAGGGCAUGGUGUCCUCCUCGCAGACGGGGCACGUGCUCGUGAGCACGGACUUCAACGGCUGCAUCCGCGUGUUCGUGCACAAGGCCAAGCCCAAGCACUCCUCGCUGCCCGCCUCCGCACUCGCGUAGCUUCACAACACAAACAGAAGGGCACGGCCUGAUGUCCCACAAAAGGGACUUCUACGUUCGUUCUCAAGACCCAGGCCAGGCUUCAUGCUCGCGUAGGUAGCCGUAUACGAUACCUUACAGAAGGCAAGUGGUUCUCAAGGCGCAGCCUAGGCACUCUUCAGUCGCCGCUGCCCGCCUCCGCGCUUCCACAACAUAUAUUAUCGUACAGCAUAACAUACCACAAUACAAUGGUACUUACAGAAGGGAGUCUACCAAACGCGACACGUGAUCGUAAAAACGGACUUUACGCUCGUUCUCAAGGCCUAGCAUAGCCCGAGCACUUCUUGCUGUCCGGCUUCGCGAUUAGCCUACACAUUACAAAAGCGUAGUGCGUGUCUCACUGACGGAACGGACUUUGAAAUCGUGCACAAAACCCUUUCCUAGCUGCUCUUUUACGUACUCGCUUGAUCUCCAUCUUUACAGGCGAAGUGAAAUCAUUGUUCUACGGACCAGGUUAUCAUCACAAAUCGUCACGAUUUACUAUUUCAACUGGCUCCUUUGCUCUUUCAUUACAUAAUUCUACUCCGCAAUAGUGCAACCACAAAUCGAAGUUCGUUACCCCAAUCUUGCUUUAGUUUGGCUAACUAUGUUAAGAAAUGUCAAGGUACAACAAAGCAGUAUAUCUCUGUUUUGUUUUUCUUCUUCAAUAUAAGCAUAAGGUUAUUCGAUUCCUGUUCGUUUGUAUUUCGUUAUUCUAUUAAUUACUCGUUUAUUAGCAGCCUAUGCUCUCGGUUCUUCAAUCUUUCUAUACUUUCAUUCUAUCCCAAACUUAUAGGCCUCAUUUAGACGGUGCGAGAACUCGCAUGCGAGUUUCAUUACAUUGCGUUGUUUGAUCGGUAGGCUGAAUUGAUGUUACCCCAACGGUCCGCAAUGUAACUAACAUCGCAUGCAAGUUCGCGCGCUGUCUAAAUAAGCCCUGUACUUAUUCUUUUCUUAAUUUUAAGGUGGGUUUGUACAGUUUAAGUAGUGCUUUUACUUUUUUGUUAUUUCUCAACCACCAGCACACCAUUUCAACAUUUUAGUAGUCAAUAUUUGUCGUCGUGAGAAUAAACACCAACAUUAUGUUAAAGGUCAGUAUCAAAACCACUAGCAUUGCUAGGACAAUCGCUUUAUUGUCAGACAUAUUGGGAGAUCUACUAAAAUUGUCGAAUACUUUAUAUUGGACAUAAUAAUAGAGCUAGUUCGUGAGGCAUUAGGGGGUGUCCAUUAAUCAGUCCCCGAUUUUGACGAUUUUGAAUCACUCAAGCGUAAGAAUGUGAAAGUAAAUCGAACGAUAACAGACAAAGUAAAUAUUAUGUUUUAGUUAUUUAUGGUUGAAUGCAGUAUGAAUAGGUAUGAUAGUUAGGAUUUUAUAACUACGUUAUGUUUAUACAGCUAGUACGCUACUUGCAAUAUUUAUUACAGCCAUAUCAUAUAAAACAAAUCUAAUUUAAGUGGUUAUCGGUAUAUUCUUGUGGGUGUUUUGCGUUGCUGCAUACGUAUACUCGUAUAUCCUUUUAAAUUUGAUGAAGAUAAUUAUUGUUUACAUUAUUUAUAAAUAAAAAUGAAUUAAACGUCGUUAUUUGACGUUGCGGUAAAAUAUUAUUUUGUAUCAAUGCUUGCAUGCGAUAAAGAUGUAUUUAUUUAUUUCAAAAUCUUGAGCUCUCAACUCGUUUAUUGUCAUAUUAUAAUAUUUUACGUAGUCUAUAAACUUAGAUCAUGACUAUGAUUUGUUUAUAUGGAUACAUUGUCUCAUUCAUACGCGAACAACUAUUUAUGAUUAGAAGACACAUUACUUAAUUAUUCAAUCAAUUAUAAACGGCUUAUGUUAUAUUUUUAAAUUGAAAAUUAGACAGGUUUCUGAUUGUGGUGAUUUUUUAGUAAGAACAUAAAAAUACUGGAGUACCUACUCCAUAUCAUCUUAAAGAUAUGUGGAACCCAGUCAGUCUAAUAGCUUACCGCCUUUUAACCCUUUGAAGGCCAUGCCUAUUGUAUAUAGCCCGCCAUCGUAAACCUUGGAAUGCACGAAGGUUAAUAUUACAAUACAUAUAACCAUGCGGCCUGUGGCGGUCUUGGGUGGUCAAAUGGUUAAUAGUCAAGUUAAUAUUACUCGAAGUAUCUUAUCGGGAUUAUAACGUGCAUUUUACACUAAACGCGUUCAUGAGUGUGAACGUCUUUGGUGGUAACGGGAAAGUUAUUGCAACACAGUAUGACGUCUGCAUAAGUUCAUUUAAAGACAAUAGAAUAGCUCGUAUUACUUAGCACUAACGGAGGUUUUUAUAUUCGCGUCUCAUAUAUUUUUAAUAAGUUCUUGCCUUAACUAGUAAACCCAUGUGAUUAUAGUAAGUGUACAUUUAUUAGUUAGUAUUGUAUUGUACAGAUCGCGAUGCCAUUGUCAUAUGAAUGAUUAUCAUAUAUUUGUAACUAGUGUUUACCUCAAUAAAUAAUGGUUAUUUA